AUGCCUAGCUCAAAGAAAAUUGUCAUAGCAGGGGACUUUAAUAGGCACAUUGGGGUUGUGCCGGGAGGUUAUGACGAUGUGCAUGGAGGUUUUGGUUUUGGUGAUAGAAAUGAGGAGAGAGCAGCUUUGUUGGAUUUUGAAAGGCUUUUGGAUGUUAAGAAGAAAGUAGAGAUUAAGAAGGAGGCGUAUGUUAAGUUGUUUGAGAGUAAAGAUGCAGAGGAGAAGAGAAUGAAUUGGGAGGUCUACAAAUUAGCAAAUAAGGAGGCUAAGCUUGUAGUUACGGCAGCAAAGUCAGUAGCUUUUGAGAGCUUGUAUGCGGGGUUAAAGGCGAAAGAUGGGGAAAAGAGGUUGUAUAGGCUUGCUAAGGCUAGGGAGUGGAAGGGUUGGGAUGUCGACCAAGUGAAGUAA